GCACUUUGGCUAACCGUAAUAAUUGUAAAGCAUCGUCUCCUUGAAUCCAUCACCGUUAGCCCGAGAAGGUUUUUGCGUCAUUCCACAUAUACAAGUAUUAACACUACAGUGUAUAUUUCGUGGUACUGUGUUAUCCAAUACAUCCUCUCAUACCCCGCUCGAACAGCGUGGAAUAACGGCUGACACCAGUAGUUGCGCGCCUGCACAUUGUCGAGCGCGAGAUCAAUGGUAAGCCAACUCCAAAAACAUUCCCGUUAAUUAUCCCAUCGUUGUCCUGGUUUUCCCUACUCCACGUCUCUCUCAUUCACCGACUACCGAUUACAACCUGCCCUCUGUCUCUUGUGCUCUCUCGCGGCUACCCGGCUAUAAAUAUAGCCUCGUCGAUGCGCGGCUAACGUGUAAGCGCGCACCUGGAAUUAUCUCCUUCAGACUGUAUUUAUAUGCCGAUUCCUUUACUCAAGCACAUCGUCUCCGCUUGACUGAUGCUUUAAUAUACAGCCGCUCUUCGGUCGCAGUUUUGGAAAAAUAUAGUCGUGCACUCCCAUUGACAACCAUGGACAGACUGAAUAGGAUAACGCUUUAUAUUUCUCCGUUAAUCCUCCUCCUUUCAUUAGUUUCUGCCGCCGAAAAUUCCCGUGCGCCCCCUACCGGUGCCCUGGAAUUACAGCCAAAUGUAAAAACGCGUUAUGAAGAAGAAGGAAAAAGUUUUACACAGUAUUGCCGGAUAAACAAAGAUUACACGCCCGCUGGACCGAUACGAUGGCUGAAAAAUACUGUAACAGAAAUCAAGAGCGAUAGAAGCAUCAAGGUCCAGAAUAAAUCAGCUUCCCUAUCCACAUUGUGGUUCGGCAAGAUCAAGCGGACGGAUGAAGGCGUCUACACGUGCGUGGCCAAGAUUCAGGGCUACGAUGAGGAAGCGAAAAUUGAGUUCAAGUUGAACGUGUUCGCGGGAAUUGAUUUCGCCAACGUCGCCCGCAACCAGACCGCUGAUCUGGGCAGUGACUACACGCUCAAGUGCGACGUGCAGGGCGACCCGAAGCCACGUGUCAGCUGGGAUCGUGACGGGAAGACGAUUGACUCGUCCAGCGCAAAUGGGAAGUACCGGCUGUCCGACGGCGCCGAUAGUUUAACAACGCUGACCGUGAUGAAAGUGGCUAAAACGGACGGUGGUGCAUACGAAUGCGAAGCCGAACAGAUCACCGAUAUUUCGUCCCGAUCGGACCGCGUCACAAUCACUCUUAUAGUUAACUAUCCGCCAGAAUUCCCGGAUGCUGAAGCAGAGAAGGCUUACGCGUUCUUGGGCGGAGAAGUGAAUAUGCAGUGUUCCGCGGAAGGCCAGCCGCGUCCGAGUUAUGAGUGGUUCUAUAAAGAGGACGGCAACUUGGUGGAACAGCCGGGCUACAUUAACUACGAUCCCGCCAAUGCGGCAUCCUAUAGCAUUCUCAAUCGCAAUAUGACUGAUAAGUCGCUCUUCCGGGAGUAUGUUUGCAAAGCGCGCAAUGCUCUGGGUACAGCCGAACGCACCUUCAUUAUUAAGGAAGUUGAUAAGCCAAAAUCUCCGGUUCUCCGUUCGCACCGCGUCAGUGGGAACAAAAUCGAAAUCGAGUUGAUUCCACCGCAAGUCGAGCCGCCCAUGACCAUCAAGGGAUACCGGGCGUUGGUACGGCCAAUUAACACCGGGUGGGAAAACGCUACAACGAUCGACUUUAAUAUGGGAAAACUCCAUUACAUCGAUUCUUUGUAUCACGGCACGGAUUACGAAAUUAAAUUCGCGGCUCGUAAUGAAAUUGGAUUGGGUGAAUUUUCGGACAGCCAACAAGUGAGGACGCAUGAUUAUUCGUCGGGAACGAAAGCCGGCUCGUUCAGCGGAAAAGUCAUCGUUUUUGUAUCGUUGUUUCUGUUUGUUCUGUUGAUAUAAAACGAUCCAUUCAUGUUUCCAGAUGUUUUAUAAAAUUCAAGGCAGUUACAGGCAUUUAACUGGAUGGUUUUGUGUUUUUGAAGUAUUGUCAUGGUUUUUAUGUUUAGAUAGGAUCUUGUGUUUUCUUUUGUUACGUAGAGGUUUUUUCGGCUUUCGACUGUUUUGAGUCGUAGAUGUAGUCGUUUGCUUAUUCGUUUGCUGCACAUGUACAUGCUGAAAAAAUUGUGUUGUUGACUGUAUUGUACAGAAUACUGUUUUUUCGCUCUUGAAUGUAGAAUUAAAAAUAUUUCAAGCA